AUGGCGCGCGUCGUCGGCCUCGCGCCCUCGCGGCCGCCGCCGCGCGCGGCGCCCUCGCGCGGCGUCAGCGGACGACGCGGUCCUCCUCGCGUCGUCCGCGCGCGCGUCGCCGCGACGUUGGACGCCUCGACGAAUCGGACGACGAUCGCUUCAUCGUUCCGUCCGCGCCUCGGCGCGCUCGCGCCGCCCGCGCGCCGCCGUCGCCGUCCGCGCGCGGUCGCCGCCGCCGCCGCCGCCGCCGCGUCCGCGUCCUCCCCGGACGACGCGUCGAGCUCGAGUCCGACCUCCUUUCCGGACGACGCUAGCGGCGACGAGGUCGCCGUGGACCGGAAGCUCGAGCUCGCCGCCAUCGUCGCGUUCGCGGUCCCGCUCCUCGCGACGAACAUCGUGACGCCCCUCCUCACGAUGACGGACACCGCGUUCGUCGGUCGAUGCGCGGCCGACGCGACGAUUCAACUCGCCGCGCUCGGCGUCAGCACGCCGCUGACGGACUACACCGUGACGCUCGCGGCGUUCAUCCCGGCCGGCUUGACGAACAUCAUCUCCAACGGCGAGGCGAGAGGCGAAUCGAGCGCGAGCCUCGGCGCGAAGACCUACGGCGCGCUGCUCGUGUCGCUCGCGUUAUCCCUCGCCGUCGCGCUCGUCUUGAACCUGUGCCCGGAGACGCUCCUCGCGAUGCUGAACACUCCGACGGCGGUGAUGGCGACGGCGACGGCGUACACCAAAGUUCGAAGCAUCGGCAUGCCCGCCGCGUACCUCACCGCCGCCGCGUACGCGGUGCUCGUCGCGAGGAAGGACACGACGUCCCCGCUCGCGUGCGUGUGCCUCGCCGCGGUCGUGAACGUGCUCGGGGACUACGUCGCCGUCGCGGUGUACGGCGGCGGGAGCGUCGGCGCGGCGUGGGCGACGACGGCGGCGCUCUACGCCGGCUGCGUCGCGAUCCUCUGGACGCUGAAGAAGAAGGGAUACGCGGACCACUUCCCGUGGGGCACGCUGCGAUGGAAAGAGCAGCUCGCGCCGGUGAUGGCGUUCGCCGGCCCGAUCACGUUCCUCGUGUUCGCGCUCCUGUCGAUAUACACCGCGCUCAUCUUGUUCGCGAACGCGUUGGGGGUGACGGUGAGCGCGGCGCACCGCGUCGCGGGAAACGUCUUCGCCGUCGCCGUGCUGUGCGGCGACCCGCUCAUACAAGCCGGACAGGCGUUCAUGCCCAAACACUUGCUCCCGGAGGCGCCGUCGAGGAGGAACGCGCGGCGCAUGGCGGGCCUGCUGCAGUCCGUCGGCGUCGCCGUCGGGGCGUUCGCGUCCGUGGCGUGCGGCGCGUUUUGUCUCUUCGGCGGGGGCGCGUUCACGCGCGACGCGGCGGUGAUCGGGCAGCUGCGAGACGUGACGGUGCCCGUGUGCGCCGCGGUGUUCACGAACAUCGUGUCGAAGUCGAUGUACGGCGUGACCGUCGCGGCGAAACAGCUCGGGUUCCUCGCCGCGAUAACCGGUGUCGGGUUGGCGUUUUUCGCGUGGGCGCUGAAAUGGAUGAACGCGAACCUCGUCGGGAGCGCAUUAUAUUUUUGGAUGUGGUGGGUCGUCGCGGGGUACUACGCGCUCGCGAUCGUCGCGAUUCAGCUGAAGAGUUUCGGUUUUCCGGGGGUGAGCGAGGGGAUGUUCUCGCGGAAAGUGGGCGGCGGCGGGGGCGGGGGAGGAGAGGCCGUCGCGGCGCCGUCGUGA